CGUUCUGCUUGGUGGCGAUAGUGCACCAAGAAUGAACGGAACAAUUUGACGUCACGGACAGACCGGAAGCUGUCAUAGCUUCAGUGACUACUCGGAGAGAGGAUGAGCAGCUCAGAAGAAGUGUCCUGGAUAUCCUGGUUCUGUGGACUCAGGGGCAAUGAGUUCUUCUGUGAGUCAUUCCCUUCUGCUGCAGGUUGAUGAGGAUUAUAUACAAGAUAAGUUCAACCUGACGGGUUUGAACGAGCAGGUGCCUCACUAUCGCCAGGCUCUGGACAUGAUCCUGGACCUGGAGCCAGACGAGGAGCUUGAAGAUAAUCCAAACCAGAGCGAUUUGAUAGAGCAGGCUGCAGAGAUGCUGUACGGACUCAUACAUGCUCGCUACAUCCUCACUAACAGAGGCAUCGCCCAAAUGCUGGAAAAAUAUCAACAAGGAGAUUUUGGCUAUUGUCCUCGAGUUUAUUGUGAAAAUCAGCCGAUGCUUCCUAUUGGUUUGUCAGACAUCCCCGGAGAAGCGAUGGUGAAGCUCUACUGUCCGAAAUGCAUGGACGUGUACACGCCCAAAUCCUCCAGGCACCACCACACGGACGGGGCCUAUUUCGGGACCGGGUUCCCUCACAUGCUGUUCAUGGUGCACCCGGAGUAUCGGCCAAAGCGACCAGCCAACCAGUUUGUGCCAAGGCUGUAUGGUUUCAAAAUUCACCCGAUGGCCUAUCAGCUUCAGCUUCAAGCUGCAUCGAGUUUCAAGAGCCCCGUGAAGACGAUUCGCUAGAGCCGUACAUGAACUCCGUCGUUGGGAGUGAAAGCAGUGAAUUAAAUGUUUGAUAAAACAGUCGUCAAAUAUUUACAUUUUUUGAACUGAAAUGUGUCGGAAGCGGAGCUAGACAGCAGACGGCGUUCAUCCUUACGAUGUUUGUGCUUCAUUUGUCUCUUGGGAGAUCGGUCAGAAAUGAAAGACCUUCUAGGCUGAUUUGCUGUUUGACUGUAACAGGAUGGAUCAGCCGCAGCCUUAAUGAGACUUUCAGAAUUAGAAUUCUUUGCUGUUUUUAAUCUAAAGUGGGGUAAACUGCACAGAUUGGAUUAUAGAAUGUUCUUUUUGUACUUGUCUUGGUAAAAUAUAUUAUUUAAAAAAAAGUGCCAUUUUCCAAAAAAUCCAUAGGAUAGAGCGUCUUUCUUUACUUUAGCUUAGAGGAAUUUAUUUAUUUGAAGAUUAUUUUUCCUGCUAAAUGUGUAUUUGUAUUAAAUCAAUAGCAUUCUAUCGAACAAGUGAAUGACAAAUAAAUGUUUAUUUCUUGGACAA